AUGCAGACUAUGAGCUAUCAAAAUUUUCCUCCAGAACAAAAAUGGUCUCAAGAAAUUCGAUCUCCAUUAAAUUCUUAUCAAAUAAUGCCAAAUCAAUCCACAGUUGGAGCUACUCCAGAUUUGUCAAACAGUGCAUCUCCAACUAUCAAGAAUGAAAUAGCUCCUCACACAACUCUUCCUCCGUUAUCCCAAGUUAUGUUUGACACAAAUCAAACAUCUCAGCAGGGCCAUCAUCCCCAAACCAUGCACCAACAGCCGCAGCCUCACCUUAUAAUAUCAGAUGGGUUUGCAACUUUCCAUGGUGGUAACGGUAUUUCUGCCCCUCCUUCCUCAACAGGCUCAUUGUUAUCAAUAUCUUCAAGGCCUAUAAUUCCUGAACAUGACGAAAAGUGCCCAUUUCGUACUGAUGGUCAGCCAAGAAUCCCAAGACCUCGUAACGCGUUCAUAUUGUUCCGUCAACACCACCACCAGGCAGUUCUUGAUGAAGGUAAUCUUAUUAAAACCAAUCCGGAUGUGUCGCGUGAAUUAGGAAAACGUUGGCGUGCAUUGCCAGCAGAAGAAAAAGAAUAUUGGAACAAACUUGCAGAAGAAGAAAAGAAGAAGCAUAGCGAAAAAUACCCAGGCUAUCGCUAUGUUCCAAGAAGAUCGGGCAAGAAAGGAAACUGUCCUGCCUGUAAAGCAAAGGCUGCCCUCAAAAAUGGUGGCAGUGUAGCUGCUGCCAAUCAUGCUGCUGCCGCUCAAAUUCAGCAUACAAAUCCAGCACAUCAACUUUCCAAUCCAAUAUCAGCGCCUAUGCCUGCUCCUAUUGCAUUCAAUUCAUUGAUGGCUGAUCCAAUGGGUGUCAGUGAUCCAAACGUUUCUGGUAAUCCUGGUUUCGUCGCUGGCCCACCAGAUCCAAACGGGUUUCCUCAAUAUCAUCCAAUGCACCAAGAUAUUAUAUAUCAAGUUCCAAUGGGAGGUGCCAUUAGUCCUCACACAAGAGGUGUUGCAGGUAAUCCAAUGGCUCCAGGGAUGCAAUUCAUGACAAAUCAAAUGUUUUCUCCUAUCCCUCCACCACCAGGUCAAUUUGCAAUGGUUCCUAGCCUUCUGAUGGCACAACAGCCACACCAACGCGUACAAAAUCCAAUGCAAGUGGAAAAUCCUCAACAUUCCCAACAUCAGCAAGUUAGUGGUUUACCUCCAUUACUGAACAACUAUAUGGCACUGAACUAUGAUAUGUUCCCAGGAAGUUCUAAUGUUGAACAUCAUGAUACAAAUAUUCAAAACAGUAGCAACAGUAAUGAUGGAACCCAAUUUUCGAGAGAAAAUAAUAGCGUGAGUUUGCCACAUAUUGGUCAUUUGGAUAUUCCUGCUAAUGUUGGGCAAAUCAAUCGUUAG